GAGCGAGCCCCGUAAAAAUGCUUCGCUCAGCUCCGGAGAAACAGACAGAGCUACCAACAAGACACCACCAGGAGUGUAAUGAGCGUGUGGGGCUGGAAGCUAUGCCGAGCAACUGCGUCAUAUGCGGGAAUUCAGCGAUGAAAGACCCAGGAGUCUCCUUCCACCGCCUCCCGAGCAGCGUCGAGAGAAAGCGACAGUGGCUCGCAGCCUUCGACGUCACUGAGGAGGAGUGGUGCGCGCACUGGCGGGUGUGCUCCCGCCACUUCCCCGACGGGAACCCAAAGGCCGCCCCGCACAGCUACCAAGAGGACCAGUUUGCCACAAUGUGGUCCCUUAGGAAGAGAGCCAAGCUGGACGGGUCUCGAGCCGUAGUGUCUCCCGCCCGGCAGGGCAAGAGGAGCAACCACCUGAACAGUAUUCUGGCACUGCGGGUCACGCACGGAGCCAUAUCCCAUCCUCUCCCAGUCAUAAACACCACCGCAGGAGUGGCAAGAGUCACCACUAGCUCUGGCUCCACGGAGGAACGAAAACCCCUGCAUGCCAGAGCUCCUCCAGUGUUGCUACCCGUUGCCUCCCUCUCCACCAACCACCACCUAGUGGGUGGACCCAUCACAGUAAUCACCAGGGACCCCCUUCAUCAGUAUGGCAGGGUGGUUCCAGUGUCAGCUCACCACCACCAUCACCACAACCAUGGCGGUACUCCAGGAGGGAUCCACGUUCACGAGCUGGUGGUCAUGCCAGAGGUAGGCCCCUCCACUGACGAGGCCAGCUCUGACUCCAGCAGAACUGAUGAGAGUCCAAUGACAGGGGCUAGUGAUUUGACGGGGAAGGGCCUAUCAGAGCCUAACACACACAACCACAAGAGGGGAAGUCACAAUGACGGAAUGGAUCACGGCCUGGUUGAUCACCAAGAGCUGAGAGGUGAAAACUCAGUUUAUCACGGUACUGAUUCAGGGGCGUCCCCCUCACAUGCCGGCUCGUCUGAGACUCCCCUCCUGCGAGUCAAUAACGUCAUUUCGUCAUCAUCCCAUGCUCUGACUAUGUCGAGAGUCGAUCGCACGGUCCAAAUGACGUGUCACGCCGUAUCAAUCACAGACCACGCUAACGUACCAGCUGUGACGAGAGGUGAGCAUGCCAACCGACCACCAGGUGCAAUAGCUGGAGGUUCCGGUGGUGGUGAGGGUCACGAUGUGUCAGUGGUGGUACAAAGUGCACUGUUGGCACAUAUGGCAGCACUCGAGAACGACAAUCAGCAACUUAGGCAAAAGGUGUCCUCCUCUCCCUCUACCGUUCCUCCCCUGCUGGGUGUCCACGUGACAGACUCUACCACUGGCCGGCCGGCGGAAGGACUCUCUGUAGAGGUGGGCAUGUGGCAGAGCUCCUCUGGUGACUGGAUGACCCUCGGCUCUGGGGUGACAGGAGGAGAUGGUGAGUGCUCUCCUCUGCUGUCUCAGCCACAGCUCUCCCCUGGACUCUACCGACUCCAUUUCGACACUCAGUCUUACUUCACCUUCCAGGGACACUCCCAGCCUCACUACCCCUAUGUGGAGGUGGUGUUUCGUAUCUACAGAGCCACCCCUUGCCACAGGGUGUCACUGCAACUGAGUCCGUUCUCCUACGCCACAUCCUCUCACACACACUGAGCCUAAACUAUAUAUCAUGACAAUAGUAGCACUGCAUUAUGAACCCUCUGUUUUUAUGCUCAUGGAAUUUUUAUCACAUAAAAGCUGAAAGAGCUAUAAUAUUAUAUUAUAUGGUAUUAUUGUGGAUACCACUAUAUACAUUAUUUUUGUCAGUUAAUCACCCUUCCUGUAUUUGUAAUGAUUAUAAUAGUUGAGACAUGAAUGAAAUUUUAAGCUGA